AUGUCUGAUGAAAAUGAAUACGAUGAUGAUUAUGAACCACCUCCAUUUAUUGCUGAAGCACAAGUAAAUGUUAGUUCAGAGGCACCUCCAGAUCCUGUUUCGUCGAUUUCCAAAGAAAGAGAUGGAAAGUUUGAUACGUUGCUUAUGCAUCAGUUCUUAGAAGGUAAGGCUAAGUCCAAGCAAAUCUUGAAGCUCUACAAAUCGUUGGAACGUGAUCCAUUUCUUAGAGCCACGUUCAAUGAUUAUGAAAUUACUAGGGAACAACUGAGAGAAUUGUCAGCAGUGAGGAUCAACAGGAUGGCUCGUUACAUUGAAACUGACUCCCCCGAAGAUUUCCAUCGCAGAUUGAAUUUGCUCACUGUAUAUGAUCCGCUGACUGGAAUUAGAAUUGCCGUCAAUUUGGGACUUUAUGUCAACUGUGUCAAGGGUAACGGUACCGACGAGCAGUACAAGUAUUGGUGUGUUACAAACCAAACCAAAGACAUAAAUAAACUUUAUGGUUGCUUUGGUAUGACUGAAUUGGGACAUGGUUCCAACGUUGCUGGCUGCGAGACUACUGCUACGUUUGACGAAGAAACUGAUGAGUUUGUUAUUGACACACCUACUAUUUCUGCAACUAAGUGGUGGAUUGGUGGGGCUGCUCACAGUGCAACUCAUUCAGCCAUAUACGCAAGGUUAAUAGUCAAGGGUAAGGAUUAUGGAGUUAAAACUUUCGUUGUGCCUUUGAGAGACACAGACCACGAAUUGUUACCAGGUGUAGCGAUUGGUGAUAUUGGUUCCAAGAUGGGUAGAGAAGGUGUGGACAAUGGUUGGAUUCAAUUCUCCGAUGUUAGAAUUCCAAGAUUCUUCAUGUUGCAAAAGUUUUGUAAGGUUUCUAGAGAAGGUAAGGUCACAUUACCACCUUUAGAGCAAUUGUCCUACAUUUCUCUUUUGGGUGGUAGAGUUGGAAUGGCUGUUGAUUCCUAUAGAAUUAUUGCCAGAUUUAUAACUAUCGCUGUUAGAUACGGGGUUGGUAGAAGACAAUUCCAAAAGCCGUUAGCAGAAGAUUGGGACCCUGAAGUUCAGAUCAUGGACUAUGCCUUGCAUCAACGUCGUUUGUUUCCAAUUUUGGCUUUAUGUUAUGCCAUGGCUUUGGGUACUUCUCAAUUGGAGAAUGAACACACUGCAAUCUUAAAAGAUUUAGAAGCAGCAGUUAAAGCAAAUGAUACCAAAGCAAUUAAUAAAUCUAUUGGAGAUACCAAAUCAUUAUUUAUUGAUUCAGGAUCUUUGAAAUCGACUAAUACUUGGUUGGCAGCUGAUUGUAUUACUGAGUGCAGACAAUCAUGUGGUGGACAUGGUUACUCGGCUUAUAACGGUUUUGGUAAAGCUUACGAUGAUUGGGUCGUUCAGUGUACUUGGGAAGGUGAUAACAGUGUAUUGGCAAUGUCGGUUGGUAAAACACUUAUUAAGAAUGUAGAAGGUGUAUUAUCAAAGGGUAACAAAGUUGGCGGAUCCGUUGCCUUUUUAAGUAAUGCAAAGGAAUACGUUAAAGAUUUGAAGAAAGAAUACUUAACAGACGAAGAUGUUAAUAGUCCAAGUAAGAUUCUUACUGCCUUGGAAGUAUUAAUUGUCAGGCUUUGUUAUAGUUCACUUGAAACUUUGAAGUCGAAUGGAGGUGAUUGGGAUGCAAUUUCUCAUACAAGAGUUUUAUUAUCUAAAUUGAGAGCCCAUCACUAUCUCUUGCAGAAUUUCAUUGGUCAAUUGUCCAAUGCUGACUCUUCCAUUAGGCCCUUCUUAGAUGUGUUAUUACGCUUAUAUGCUAAUGCUUGGGUUUUGGAUUCCUUCUCUGCUGACUUUUUGCUUAACUAUGUUUAUCCACAGUCUGUUAAGAAGUUGGUAAAUGCUACUAGAAUUCCUGAAUUAUGUACUGAGGUUAGACCAAGAGCCAUAUUGUUGACCGACUCUUUCUUGCAACCUGACAUGCUCCUUAACUCUGCCAUUGGUAAGUACGAUGGAAACAUUUAUGAAAACUAUUUUGGUAUAGUUAAGGAACAGAAUCCUGCUUAUCCAUCUAAGGCACCACAUUCAAAGAUCCUCGAAGAUAUGUUAAACCGUGGAUCAAUUGACGAGAGACUGAGAGAGGAACUUACAGAUGAAACGAAGGAUCUUUUUAAGAUCUAA